CCGCGUGUCCCCAAAAAUAACACGGAAAAAGAGAGAGAGAGAGAGGGAAGGAGAAAGGGAGAGAGGGGAAAAGAUAGGGAAACAAAAGAAAAGGUGGGGAGAGAAAGGCAUAGAGAGAGAGUAAUACAUAAGAGAGGAAAAGUGGGUAGAUAGAGAGGGACAUAGAGAGAGUGGGACGGGGAGGCUGAAAGGUCCUGGAUCAGGCAGACACUCCAGCAGUGCUUGAACUCCUCACUGAUCUUGAAAGCCCCGCAUGAUUCACACCCUCUGAACAAAAUGAAAGUAGUUGCUUUGAUCAGUGGUGGAAAGGACAGCUGUUACAAUAUGAUGCAGUGCAUAGCAGCUGGACAUGAAGUGGUGGCAUUAGCUAAUCUAAGACCUGCUCCGCACAAAGAUGAGCUUGACAGUUACAUGUAUCAGACUGUGGGACAUGAAGCUAUAGAUCUAUAUUCUGAAGCAAUUGGCUUGCCACUGUACCGUCACAUUAUCCAAGGUAGCAGUCUGGCAAUUGGAAGAGAUUACAAAAAGUGUGAAGGCGAUGAAGUGGAAGACCUUUACCAUCUUCUGAAACCUAUUAAGGUUGUUCUUCAUUGAACAUCAAUGCGUGUGUAACUUGGAUCUUCCUCAGUCUCUGGCUGCAGCAGAAAUCAGAGUUGGCAUAUUAUUCUGUGACCCAGUCUUCAUUGAAUCCUUGUCACGAGGACUAAAGAAAAUGUGCAGAUUUUCACUUCUCUGUGAAAAAAGGCCAGGAGAAGUAAGAACAGGAUACAGCAAGCAUAAUGGCGACCAGUGGCAAGAUAUGUUCUGGACCUUGUUUUGCUGUUUCAGGAGAGUAAUGAGAAUAAUACUGCCACAGAUGCAGAUGAACUUUUGGAAGCAGAGCUUCUUGAUCUUUCUGCACCCUUUGACUUGAUCAACGACGUUAGCGAACUUUGUGCUGUUUCUUUUGAGAAGAAUGACCCUUUUGCAAAAAUUAACAAAUAUUAAAUUUGUCUGUUUAUCCUGCUUAACCCACCAUGUACAGCAACCAUUGUAAAUAGUUGACAAAAAAAACUACCUAGUGAGAAGGAGAUAUUAAACCCCAAACUGGAUCAAGCCAAUAUUGAAUACUCAUAGAAUCUUAAUGAACAAAAAAGAAGACAAACUUAAGUAUACAGCUGAAUUCCAUCAGCAAGCCAUGGAAGCACUCAUUGUUUCAUUCAGUAAAGAUCAGAGUACUAAAUUACAGAAUGUCUGCAGCUGAGGAGUACCUUAGCAAAAAGGAUGGUCUUUUUUCUUGCUUUCAUUUACCAGCUUCGUCCCAGGAUCAGAGUACAAAGCAGAAGGAUUUGAGACCGAUGAUCUCAUGAGACCAUAAGCCAUAAAAUAGAGAAGCAGAAUUUGAGUAUUUGGCCCAUCACAUCUGUUCCGCCAUUUGAUCAUUGCCGAUAUGUUUUUCAAUCCCAUUCUCCAGCCUUCUGGAACCCUUGAUACCCUUGCUCAUCAAGAACCUGUCUAUUUCAAUUUGUUAUCUUUGAUUUUAUGAAGCUGCGAUCAUUCGUGUCCUUGAGUAUUUUCUCCUGGUCAGUUUUCCUUUGGCUUCAUUGCUAUCACAUUCAAGGCUGCUUAAGUGUCAUAACUUAAGAGCCAGCUGUAGUAAGAAACUCUGGUCUAAUUGCACCGACUAUUUGCCAAACAAGGCAAUGAUCAGUGUUCACGUGAUCCUGCACAAAUUCCAAGAGUGCCAAGAAUAUUGUUGCAGAUUAAUGCUUCAGCAAAAGAGAUUUGCAUUUUUUUGGGGGGGCGGGGAGCGCAUGGGGAGUCAUAUUUAGAAGUAAAUUUUAAGUAAUUCAUAAGAUUAAUUUUUUUUGGGGAAGUGUCAACUUUAGGGGAAGAUGUGGAGUAUAGGGUUGACUAUACUUUUGUGCUAAGAAUAGCUGCUUAGUGUGUAUGUAAGGAUUUAUGUCAUAGUACGUACAACUGGGACCUCAAUUGUAGGGUACUAGCAAUGCCUUCUGCCACCAUUUCUUGUAUAUAGUUAUGUUUGAUAAAGCUGAAAUAUUUACUCACCUGAAUUCAGGCCUGAUCAUACUUUUGCUAUGUGAAUGCAAGUUGUUUCUAUUAUGACUAAGUUAAAGUUUACAUUGGCAUUCUGAAUAUGCAAAAUAUCAUGGAAAGAAGAAUAAUUAUGUUCAAUUCCUGAAUAGAUGAU